AUGAGCAUGAAGAGCAGUCUCAUUGACGCUCAAGUGACAUUCGAAUCGCUAGAUCUGGAUGCGAGACUUCUCCGGGCAGUGGCCAAACUCGGUUUCGAGCAUCCAACAUUGGUGCAAGCAAAAGCUAUUCCUUUAGCACUCCAAGCUGGACGGGAUAUCCUAGCUAGAGCACGAACCGGGUCUGGAAAGACGGCUGCUUAUUGUCUGCCUGUGCUGCAGAAGGUGUUGGCUUCAAAGGAGAGCUUGCCGGCAGAUGCGUCAAAUAGAGCUUGCACUAGAGCAUUGAUACUGGUUCCUACUCGUGAAUUGGCUGAACAAGUCACCAAACACAUACUCGAUUUGACAACAUAUUGUCGUGAGGAGAUCACCGUCGUUAAUCUGGCUGGAACUGCUAAUGCUUCUGUUGCUAGUCAAACCCCACUCUUAUCAGAACGACCUGACGUGAUUGUCGCAACUCCAAGUAGAGUGUUGGCUCAUAUAAGAGCUCAGUCACUUGAUUUAAAAACAUCGCUCGAAUCGCUAGUGAUUGAUGAAGCUGAUUUAAUCUUAUCGUAUGGCUACGACGAGGACAUGCGAGCACUACUUCCUCUUCUACCAGCUAUAUGUCAGUCGUAUCUGAUGAGUGCUACCAUGACAUCAGAUGUCUCUGCAUUGAAACAAUUGGUUUUAAGGAAUCCAGCCAUCCUUAAAUUGGAAGAGGGCAAGGACGAACAAGAUUUGUUGACGCAGUAUUUCGUCAAAUGCGCCAAAGAAGAAGACAAAUUCCUCCUCAUGUACUUUACCCUCAAACUCAAGCUGCAUCCAUUCGGGUCUGGGAAAUGUAUAGUAUUCGUCUCUGAUACUGAAAGGGCAUACCGACUACGUCUGUUUCUCGAACAGUUUGGUAUACGUGCUUGUGCGACGUGUCCUGAACUACCAGCCAAGAGUCGAUACCAUAUAGUAGAAGAGUUUAACCGUGGUGUAUAUGAUUACCUCGUCGCCGCCGAUGCUGGAAUAGAAGAAGAUGAAGUCGUCGUCGCACCUACCGAAGAAGAAACAAAAGGUCUCGAUCAAGACAUCGUGAUACCUGCCGUUGGAGAAGAAUCUACCAUACAGCCAGAAACAGAACCUACAAUAACACCACCACAACCACAAUCAGACGACAUAAUACCCGACGACGACAUGCCAAUACCAUCAAACGGCACUACAAACAAGAAAAGGAAACGAGCCAAUGCUGGAGAAGAACAUGGUGUAUCACGAGGAAUAGAUUUCAGAAACGUACAAGCUGUCAUCAAUUUCGAUCUACCGUCAUCGACACGAUCGUACAAGCACCGUGUUGGAAGGACGGCGAGAGGGGUGGGGAAUCAAGGUUUUGCAAUGAGUUUUAUUGUGGGGGAUGAUGGGCUUGAGCAUCAGAGAGGUAGUAAAGCUAGCAUGAAGCAGGAUGAUGAAGCUGUGUUUGCCAAGAUUCAGAGGAAGGAAGAAAAGCUUGGAAGGACAAUCAAUCCAUACACAUUCGAUAUGGCUCAAGUGGAUGCCUUUAGAUAUCGAGCUCAAGAUGCCAUUCGAGCUGUAACACGGGCGGCUGUCAAGGAAGCGAGAUUAAAGGAUCUCAAAACUGAAAUUAUGAACUCUGGGCGACUCAAGGCACACUUUGAAGACCAUCCAAGCGACCUUGCAGCCUUACGCCACGACAGACCACUACACCCCGCCAAAGUACAACCACAUCUUCGACAUGUCCCUGAAUAUCUACUGCCGAAACGACAGACCAGCUCUGGGGCUACAACCGUUGGGUCGAGCACGACGUACCGUCCACAUAGAGGACGGGGUGGUCCUCGUGGUGGAAGAGGAGGAGGAGGACGUGGUGGGAGUAGAGGUGGAUCAAAUCCAUUGUAUCGAUUCUGA